GGAGCGUCGGAGCUGCGGGUCUGUGGGAACGGAAGCCACAGCCAGGAAGAGAGGCAGCCAGAAUGGCGACUCCGAGCAGGAAAACGUCCACCCCAAGUCCCCUGGCCCCCAAGAGAGCUUUCCCGAGAGAUCCCUCGUCGGAAGUCCCGAACAAGAAAAAGAGUUCGGCCCCACCGGCGGCGCUGCCGCCACUGCCGCUGCAGUCGUCCGGGCCUUUCGUUGAAGGCUCUAUCGUCCGCAUCGCUAUGGAGAACUUCCUAACAUAUGAUAUCUGUGAAGUAUCUCCUGGGCCCCACUUGAAUAUGAUUAUUGGAGCUAAUGGAACAGGGAAGUCCAGCAUCGUGUGUGCCAUUUGCCUUGGAUUAGCAGGCAAACCUGCUUUCAUGGGACGGGCAGAUAAGGUUGGCUUUUUUGUGAAGAGAGGAUGUUCCAAAGGCAUGGUUGAAAUUGAAUUGUUCAGGACUUCUGGAAAUCUUGUAAUCACUCGUGAGAUUGAUGUGGCAAAAAAUCAGUCCUUUUGGUUCAUCAACAAAAAAUCUACAACUCAGAAAGUAGUAGAAGAGCAGGUUGCAGCCUUAAAUAUUCAAGUGGGCAAUCUUUGCCAGUUUCUACCUCAGGAUAAAGUUGGAGAAUUUGCUAAACUCAGUAAAAUUGAACUCCUUGAAGCUACUGAGAAGUCAAUUGGUCCUCCAGAAAUGCACAAAUACCACUGUGAACUCAAAAACUUCAGGGAGAAAGAAAAACAACUAGAGACCUCAUGCAAAGAGAAAACUGAAUAUCUAGAGAAGAUGAUUCAGAGGAAUGAAAGAUAUAAACAAGAUGUGGAGAGGUUCUAUGAACGUAAGCGACAUUUAGAUUUGAUUGAGAUGCUUGAAGCAAAAAGGCCAUGGGUGGAAUAUGAAAAUGUUCGUCAGGACUAUGAAGAAGUAAAACUAGCUCGGGACCGAGCAAAGGAAGAAGUCAGGAAACUUAAAGAAGGGCAGAUUCCUAUAACACAACGCAUUGAAGAAAUUGAAAGGCAGCGUCACAAUUUGGAGGCUCGAAUCAAAGAGAAGGCAACAGAUAUUAAGGAGACAUCUCAAAAAUGCAAACAAAAGCAAGAUGUUAUAGAAAGGAAAGAUAAACAUAUUGAGGACCUUCAGCAGGCUUUAACAGUAAAACAAAAUGAAGAGCAUGAUCGACAGAGGAGAAUAAGUAAUACCCGCAAAAUGAUAGAAGAUUUGCAAAAUGAACUGAAGACCACAGAAAACUGUGAGAACCUUCAACCCCAAAUUGAUGCCAUUACAAAUGAUCUGAGACGAGUUCAAGAUGAAAAGGCAUUAUGUGAAGGCGAGAUAAUUGAUAAGCGUAGAGAGAGGGAAACUCUAGAGAAGGAGAAGAGGAGUGUGGAUGAUCAUAUUGUGCGUUUUGACAACCUUAUGAAUCAAAAGGAAGAUAAGCUGAGACAGAGAUACCGUGAUACAUAUGAUGCUGUUUUAUGGCUGAGAAAUAACAGAGACAAAUUUAAGCAAAGAGUCUGUGAACCCAUAAUGCUCACGAUCAAUAUGAAAGAUAACAAAAAUGCCAAAUAUAUUGAAAAUCAUAUUCCAUCAAAUGACUUGAGAGCUUUUGUGUUUGAAAGUCAAGAAGAUAUGGAGGUUUUCCUCAAAGAGGUUCGUGACCAUAAAAAAUUAAGAGUGAAUGCUGUUAUUGCUCCUAAGAGUUCAUAUGCAGACAAAGCACCUUCACGACCAUUGAAUGAACUUAAACAAUAUGGAUUUUUCUCUUAUUUGCGAGAGUUAUUUGAUGCACCUGAUCCUGUCAUGAGUUACCUCUGCUGCCAGUAUCACAUUCAUGAAGUUCCUGUAGGAACUGAAAGAACCAGAGAAAGAAUUGAACGGGUAAUACAAGAAACCCGAUUAAAACAAAUUUAUACAGCAGAAGAAAAGUUUGUGGUGAAAACUUCUUUUUAUUCAAACAAAGUUAUUUCUAGUAACACAUCCCUAAAAGUAGCCCAGUUUCUCACAGUCACUGUGGAUCUAGAGCAAAGACGACACUUAGAAGAACAGCUAAAGGAAAUUAAUAGAAAAUUGCAAGCAGUAGAAUCAGGGUUGAUUGCCUUACGUGAGACAAACAAACAUCUAGAACACAAAGAUAAUGAACUUAGACAAAAGAAGAAGGAGCUUCUUGAAAGGAAAACCAAGAAAAGACAACUGGAACAAAAAAUUAGUUCCAAACUAGGAAGUUUAAAGCUGAUGGAACAGGAUACUUGCAACCUUGAAGAGGAAGAACGAAAAGCAAGCACCAAAAUCAAAGAAAUAAAUGUUCAAAAAGCCAAACUUGUUACUGAAUUAACAAACCUGAUAAAGAUUUGUACUUCUUUGCAUAUACAAAAAGUAGAUUUAAUUCUUCAAAAUACUACAGUGAUCUCCGAGAAGAACAAAUUAGAAUCAGAUUAUAUGGCUGCUUCAUCACAGCUACGUCUCACAGAGCAACAUUUCAUCGAGUUGGAUGAAAGUAGACAGAGAUUAUUGCAGAAAUGCAGGGAACUUAUGAAGCGAGCCAGGCAAGUAUGUAACCUGGGUGCAGAGCAGACCAUUCCUCAAGAAUAUCAGACACAAGUACCCACCAUUCCAAAUGGACACAACUCCUCACCCCCCAUGGCUUUCCAAGAUCUUCCAAACACCUUGGAUGAAAUUGAUGCUUUAUUAACUGAAGAAAGAUCAAGAGCUUCUUGCUUCACAGGACUGAAUCCUACAGUUGUUGAGGAGUACACAAAAAGAGAAGAAGAAAUAGAGCAAUUAACUGAGGAACUAAAGAUAAAGAAUGUUGAACUGGAUAAAUAUAGGGAAAACAUUUCACAGGUAAAAGAAAGGUGGCUGAAUCCUUUAAAAGAGCUGGUAGAAAAAAUUAAUGAAAAAUUUAGCAAUUUUUUUAGUUCCAUGCAGUGUGCUGGUGAAAUUGAUCUCCAUACAGAAAAUGAGGAAGACUAUGAUAAAUAUGGAAUUCGAAUCAGAGUCAAAUUUCGCAGUAGCACUCAACUACAUGAAUUAACUCCUCAUCAUCAAAGUGGAGGUGAAAGAAGCGUUUCUACCAUGUUAUACUUGAUGGCACUUCAGGAGCUUAAUAGAUGUCCAUUCAGAGUAGUUGAUGAAAUCAAUCAGGGAAUGGACCCAAUCAAUGAACGGAGAGUGUUUGAAAUGGUUGUAAAUACUGCUUGUAAAGAAAACACAUCUCAGUAUUUCUUUAUUACACCAAAGCUCCUGCAAAAUCUUCCUUACAAUGAAAAGAUGACGGUGUUAUUUGUCUACAAUGGUCCUCAUAUGCUAGAACCAAACAGAUGGAAUUUAAAGGCUUUCCAAAGGAGGCGGCGCCGUAUUACAUUCACUCAGCCUUCUCAAUAAAAGUAAAGGGCAAGAACUUUGGGACUUUUCUGUUAAAUCCUGUAUAUAAGUGUGGCUCAACUGAAUAAAAGUUAGGAGAUUCA